UUUUCUACAAAGGUCACUCUCAUCUACGUGUCAGAAAAGAACUGGGAAAUUUUUAUAAAUUUAUACCAGCUUUUGUAUUUGUUUGUAUCAGUUGGUAUUACAACAGACUGUUUCUACUAAAGCCAUUGGUAAAUGGAAGGAAUAGUUCAGAGAUUUCCAGUUACCAGACCAUCCAGCAUGCUUCUUCUGUCCCUGUUGUUGCUGACGUUUGGUGAGGUUAGAGGGUUGCAGAGACGUGAGCACACUGCAGAUCACUUGAGGUCUUUAAACGGUAGAGCUUUUCAACAGUUAAAUGAAAUAAUUGAAAAGGUUGCUGGCUUGAAAUUGAAAAAUGCCAGAGAUAUUCAACAAGGGUCAGUUUCUGAAUUUGCCAGGGCUGUAGACAAAAUAGGAAAUUCAGCUCAAAAUUUGCUAGAUGCCCUGUCUAUACAUGGAAGAGCUUUGUCGAAAGGCAUGAUGACAGAUAGUCAAGAAGAACAUGUGCAGAACAAUUUAAGGAAUCUUGCCAGUGUCUCGUCAUUAGAUGAAAGGGACCUAAAGAAUGGAUUUUUGAUGAAAAUUGAGGACUUGAAAAAUCUGGGACGAACCGCUGAGAAACUUGCGUCUGGAAAUGUAAGAGAUUUGAGGCAAGAGUUAAUGUCAAAAUCUACAGGAGAUUUACAAGAGAUAAAUCAAGUAGUAAGGGAAGUCUUAGGUUUGAAAUCACUAAAUGUAAGGGAACAAAAGAAUGGACUGGUGAAUAAACUUGGAAAAAAUGUAAAUCAGAGAAACAAAACACCAGGCAAUCUUGCAUCCCUUGCGUCUGUAGAUUCGUUUCACUGGUCUCCACACAAACAAGGAUCACUUCAAAAAUCAGAAAGGGGUGUUAACCAAAGAGACCAAACAUCAAAUAAGGUUUUAGGCAUUUCCUCUAUAUUUGACUGGUGGUUUCCACACAAAGAAGGAUCGCUUCAUAUGUCAGAAAGGAAUGUUAACCAAAGAGAUCAAACAGCAGAAAACGUUGUUGGUAUUUCUUCCCUAUUUGACUGGAUUCCACGUAAACAAGGAUCACUUCAAAAGUCGGAAAGAAAUGUUAACCAAAGAGAUCAGACAUCAGAUAAAGUUUUAGGCAUUUCCUCUCUGUUUGACUGGAUUCCACUCAAACAGAGAUCACCCCAAAAAUCAGAAAGAAAGGUUAAUCAAAGAGACCAAACUGCAGAUAAAGUUUUAGGCAUUUCGUCUGUAUUUGACUGGAUUCCACUCAAACAAGGAUCACUUCAAAAAUCAGAAAGAAAGGUUAAUCAAAGAGACCAAACUGCAAAUAAAAUUUUAGGCAUUUCGUCUGUAUUUGAUUGGAUUCCACUCAAACAAGGAUCACUUCAAAAAUCAGAAAGAAAGGUUAAUCAAAGAGACCAAACUGCAAAUAAAGUGUUAGGCAUUUCCUCAAUAUUUGACUGGAUUCCACUCAAACAAGGAUCACUUCAAAAGUCAGAAAGAAAGGUUAACCAAAGAGACCAAACAGCAGAUAAAGAUUUAGGCAUUUCCUCUCUGUUUGACUGGUUUCCUCGCAAACGAGGAUCGUUGCAAAAGUCAGAAAGGGACAUAACACAAAGAGACCAAACUUUGGAGAAUCUCGCAGGCUUUUCUUCUAUAUCGAAAUCUGGAAGAGCUGUAAAACAAAGACUUUCAAAAGAUGGUCAUGCUGACCCUUUGUAUACAAAUGGAUUUUAUCAAUUUGAGCAUGCGCUACCUAAGGACAAGAAGAGAGUAAAGCAAAGGGAUCAAGUAGCCAAAAGUCUUAAUGAGAGGUAUCCGGCGAGUGCUUUGGACUGGAAAAUAGGGUUGUUGCCUCAGCUGAGUAGAGAAAUGAAUGCGAGAGAGAGUAACAAGAAGGAACAAAGCAAGCAUGUAUCAACAGAUGAUAGAAGUUCUCGGCUACGCCGCGGUUCAGUAAAGAUGCAGGGAGGCUGCUUCUAUGUGUGUGAUGAUGUCUGCGACCCAAUAUGUCAUGUUGUUUGUGAACACAUUUGCUAACGGUUGACAUUAAUUCCCCCAAACUGAGUGUAAACACGCAUUGAAUAUACACUAUUAAACCUAUGUUAAACCUAAUACAAUUUGCAAAAAUAUCCUUUGGAUGCAUACAAUGGAAUUAAGCAAAAUAACAGCAGACUCGGUUUGACUGACUCUGUUCAUGAGAGGUAAUGGAAAGUGCAACACCCCUCACACCCCCAUUCUAUUAAACAGAUAUUGAAUGGACUGCAAAAAAUAUAACAACUCUGAAUCAAAGUACGGGGAAACUCACGGCACUUAAAGAAUGCUGUUGUAAUAGUUAAUACAAUAUUAACCCUAAUCUAACCCUAAUCUUUAGUUAGUAGAUUUUACAUUCAAUACGUGCGUACAUCCAGUUUUGUUAGUCUGCUAACAUGGAAUAGUUUCAGCAAUGCAGCUCUUCAGUUGGAGGCGUGAAACUGAAACUAUGUAUUUAAUGACAUCUCUUUAUUUUGCGAAAUCUGCUUAGUUAUAAAACUUUCUAUAUUUAAAGGCU